AUGGCUUCAAUCACUCUUUAUUCCGGUGACCGCAAGCUAUACGCGUGGUCGCCAUUAGAUGUGGGCUGCUUUGCAGUUCUAAAGCGAUCAUAUGGUCGCUUAGUGGACCAACAGACACGUAUAGGAAUCAACCAUAUCGAUAAGUUUGAUUUCCUCGAAGCAUAUCCACAAGCCCGCGCAGACGCAUAUCAGGCGAAGACUAUUCAGAAUGCAUUUAAAACGACUGGUUUAGCCCCAUUAGAUGCAGGACCAGUGCUAUUAAAGCUGAACAUUCAGCUUCGGUCACCGACACCUAUCACUGAACGACCUACAAGCAAAUCAAGCAUUUAUUGCCCUGAAACACCUACAACAAUUCUCCAGCUUUCUAAGCAUGCGAAAUCAGCUAAAAAGCUACUAAAAUACCGGUCGAAAUGCCCACCAACGCCUACUAAAGAGGUCAUUAACCAGGCAUACAAAGCCUGCGAGCAAGUGAUGCAAAGCAUGAUCUUAAUAGAGAAAGAAAUUAAGGAUUUACGGGCCACCAAUAAGAAACAACUACGAAAAAAGAGGCUAUCUAGGAAGGAGAUAGUGAAGACUGGAGGUAUGUUUGUUUAUGAAGCCCAUGAGCAAGGCAUUGAUUGGUCUACUAGGUGGUUUAGAAGGUGGUGGUGUGUCCUUCGCAGCACCCACACAGACGGCUUCGGUGACCGGUAA